UUUCGUAACACUUCGCCGAAACGUACGUGCCGCCAUUGUUAUAAGUGAAAUUUGUUAUAGACAGAUUUGUUGCUUCACGCUGCUGCAAUAAAUUAAGUUUUUUACGGUCAAAAACAUAGAUAAAAUACAAGUGAACAAAUUCAAACUAACUCGGAAACUGUUGAUUUUCCUCACGCCAAAGUCUUCUUCUUUGGGUGAUGGUGCAGCCUCGAUUAGUGUCUGAAUUUUGACGUACAUCGCAAUCGCUGAUAAUUAAACAAAAAUCUUGAAAUGGCGACAUCGGACUCAAAAGCACCGAUUCGAACGGUGAAACGAGUACAAUUCGGCAUCCUGGCACCCGACGAAAUUCGUCGAAUGUCCGUGACCGAAGGAGGUAUUCAGUUUCCCGAGACGAUGGAAGGUGGACGCCCUAAACUAGGUGGCUUAAUGGAUCCCCGACAGGGUGUAAUUGACCGAAAUUCACGUUGUCAGACGUGUGCCGGAAAUAUGACAGAGUGCCCUGGACAUUUUGGUCACAUUGAUCUGUGUAAACCGGUCUAUCACAUCGGUUUCCUCACCAAAACUAUGAAAAUUUUGCGUUGCGUUUGUUUUUACUGUUCCAAAAUGCUGGUCAGUCCAACCAAUCCGAAGAUCAAAGAAAUCAUUAUCAAGACGAAGGGACAGCCGAGAAAACGUUUGACGUAUGUGUACGACUUGUGCAAAGGUAAAAAAGUGUGCGAAGGCGGUGAGGACAUGGAUCUGACAAAAGAUGCACAGUUGGAUCCAAACAAGAAAGCUGGACAUGGUGGUUGCGGUCACUAUCAGCCGUCGAUUAAGCGAAGCGGUUUGGAAUUGAUGGCAGAAUGGAAGACAGUGAAUGAAAAUUCGCAAGAGAAAAAAUUGCCAGUCACAGCUGAACGAUGCUGGGAAAUCUUUAAGCACAUAACUGACGAAGAGUGUUUCAUUUUGGGUAUGGAUCCGAAAUUUGCACGACCUGACUGGAUGAUUGUCACAGUGAUGCCAGUACCUCCAUUGUCUGUAAGACCAGCUGUCGUUAUGUUUGGCGCGGCAAAGAAUCAAGACGAUUUAACUCACAAAUUAGCUGACAUCAUCAAAGCAAACAACGAAUUGAAGAAAAACGAAUCGAUUGGUGCAGCUGCUCAUGUAAUUUCAGAGAACAUAAAAAUGUUGCAGUUCCACGUAGCUACGUUUGUCGACAACGACAUUCCCGGUAUGCCCAGAGCUACGCAAAAGUCUGGUAAACCGUUGAAAGCGGUCAAAGCACGUCUCAAGGGAAAAGAAGGCCGAAUUCGUGGUAAUUUGAUGGGAAAGCGUGUCGAUUUUUCCGCCCGUACUGUCAUCACCCCGGAUCCAAAUUUACGUAUCGACCAAGUCGGCGUGCCCAGAUCGAUUGCACAGAAUCUAACGUUUCCGGAAUUGGUAACGCCAUUCAACAUCGACAGAAUGCAAGAGUUGGUGAAACGUGGCCAUUCACAAUAUCCGGGCGCUAAGUACAUUGUUCGUGACAAUGGCGAACGUAUCGAUCUGCGUUUCCAUCCGAAACCGAGUGACCUGCAUCUUCAAUGGGGCUACAAAGUCGAACGACACUUACGUGACGACGAUUUGGUUAUAUUCAAUCGUCAGCCGACAUUGCACAAGAUGAGUAUGAUGGGGCACAGAGUGAAAGUGUUGCCGUGGUCAACAUUUCGAAUGAACUUGAGUUGUACAUCGCCGUACAAUGCCGAUUUCGAUGGCGAUGAGAUGAACUUACACGUACCGCAAUCAAUGGAAACUCGAGCCGAAGUUGAAAACAUCCACAUAACGCCUCGCCAAAUCAUUACACCUCAAGCGAAUAAACCCGUCAUGGGUAUCGUACAGGAUACUUUGACUGCUGUACGAAAGAUGACCAAACGUGACGUAUUCAUUGAUAAAGAGCAAGUGAUGAACAUUCUAAUGUUUUUGCCGACCUGGGAUGGUAAAAUGCCACAGCCUUGUAUUUUGAAACCGAAACCGUUGUGGACUGGAAAGCAAAUUUUCACAUUAAUCAUACCAGGCAAUGUGAAUGUCAUUCGAACACAUUCCACGCAUCCUGACGAAGAAGAUGAUGGACCUUACAAAUGGAUUUCACCGGGUGAUACAAAAGUUAUGGUUGAACAUAGUGAACUCAUAAUGGGCAUUUUAUGCAAAAAGACACUUGGUGCUUCAGCUGGUUCGUUGCUGCACAUUUGUUUUCUGGAACUUGGCCAUGAAAUUGCCGGUCGUUUUUAUGGUAACAUUCAAACUGUGAUCAACAAUUGGCUUCUGUUGGAAGGCCACAGCAUCGGUAUCGGUGAUACAAUUGCCGAUCCGCAAACAUACCAUGAAAUUCAGCAGUCUAUUCGUAAGGCCAAAGAGGAUGUCAUAUCAGUAAUCCAAAAGGCGCACAACAUGGAAUUGGAACCGACGCCCGGUAAUACAUUGCGACAGACGUUCGAGAAUCAGGUGAAUCGAAUCCUAAACGAUGCUCGUGACAAAACUGGUGGUUCUGCAAAGAAGUCCUUGACUGAGUACAACAAUUUAAAGGCUAUGGUCGUGUCCGGUGCCAAAGGUUCCAACAUUAACAUCUCUCAGGUUAUCGCUUGUGUGGGUCAACAGAACGUUGAGGGCAAACGUAUACCGUUCGGCUUCCGCAAACGAACAUUGCCACAUUUCAUCAAAGACGAUUACGGUCCCGAAUCCAGAGGUUUCGUCGAAAAUUCAUACCUGGCCGGUCUGACACCAUCUGAAUUUUAUUUCCACGCUAUGGGAGGAAGAGAAGGUCUCAUCGAUACAGCUGUAAAGACUGCUGAAACUGGCUACAUUCAGCGUCGUCUAAUCAAAGCUAUGGAGUCGGUUAUGGUGAACUACGACGGUACCAUUCGUAACUCGGUCGGUCAACUCAUUCAGUUGCGUUACGGCGAAGACGGAUUAUGUGGAGAGUUGGUCGAAUUCCAGAGUCUUCCCACCAUUAAAUUGUCGCACAAAACGUUCGAGAAACGAUUCAGAUUUGAUGUGUCCAAUGAACGGUAUCUACGACGCAUAUUCAACGAGGAUGUUGUAAAGGAUCUCAGCGAAUCCAGUAAAGUGAUUCAGUCAUUGGAAAGUGAAUGGGAACAAUUAUGCAGAGAUCGAGAAGCGCUAAGACAAAUUUUCCCGAGCGGUGAAUCGAAAGUCGUCUUGCCAUGUAAUCUACAGCGUAUGAUUUGGAAUGUGCAAAAGAUUUUCCAUAUCAACAAACGUGUUCCGACCGAUUUGAAUCCGUUGAAAGUCAUUCAAGGCGUACAAGACCUGCUGCAAAAAUGUGUGAUCGUGGUCGGCAAUGAUCAUCUGUCGAAGCAAGCAAACGAAAACGCUACGCUGCUCUUCCAGUGUUUGGUGCGAUCAACGUUGUGCACAAAAUAUGUCGCUGAAGAAUUUCGUUUGACCGUGGAGGCUUUUGAGUGGUUAGUCGGUGAAAUCGAAUCACGUUUCCAACAAGCCCAGGUCAAUCCUGGCGAAAUGGUUGGCGCUCUGGCUGCACAAUCGCUUGGUGAACCGGCCACACAGAUGACGCUGAAUACUUUCCAUUUCGCUGGGGUAUCAUCGAAGAACGUAACACUUGGUGUGCCACGUCUAAAGGAAAUCAUCAACAUCUCCAAGAAGCCCAAGGCUCCAUCCCUAACUGUAUUUUUGACUGGAGGUGCUGCUCGUGAUGCAGAAAAGGCGAAAAAUGUACUCUGUCGCCUUGAACAUACAACACUACGAAAGGUUACAGCUAAUACGGCUAUCUACUACGAUCCGGAUCCGCAACGAACGGUCAUCGCAGAAGAUCAAGAAUUCGUCAACGUCUACUACGAAAUGCCUGAUUUCGAUCCAACCCGAAUUUCGCCGUGGUUGUUGCGUAUUGAAUUAGAUCGUAAGCGAAUGACGGAAAAGAAAUUGACCAUGGAACAGAUCGCCGAAAAAAUCAAUGCCGGUUUUGGUGACGAUCUGAAUUGCAUCUUUAACGAUGAUAACGCUGACAAAUUGGUUCUCCGCAUUCGGAUAAUGAAUGGAGAAGACAACAAAUUCCAAGACAACGAGGAAGAUACGGUGGAUAAAAUGGAGGACGACAUGUUCUUGCGAUGCAUCGAAGCCAAUAUGUUGUCGGACAUGACCCUGCAAGGUAUUGAGGCAAUUGGAAAGGUGUACAUGCACUUGCCACAGACUGACAGCAAGAAGCGAAUUGUUAUCACCGAAACUGGUGAAUUUAAGGCCAUUGGCGAAUGGUUGCUCGAAACUGAUGGAACAUCGAUGAUGAAAGUUCUAAGUGAAAGAGACGUAGAUCCGGUUCGAACGUUCAGUAACGAUAUCUGCGAAAUUUUCCAGGUAUUGGGAAUCGAAGCAGUACGAAAAUCAGUCGAGAAGGAAAUGAACGCUGUGUUGCAAUUCUACGGAUUGUACGUAAACUAUCGUCACUUGGCCUUGCUGUGUGAUGUCAUGACUGCUAAAGGUCAUUUGAUGGCCAUCACACGUCACGGUAUUAACAGACAGGAUACCGGUGCGUUGAUGAGAUGUUCGUUCGAAGAAACCGUCGAUGUUCUUAUGGACGCUGCAUCCCAUGCUGAAAACGAUCCUAUGCGUGGUGUGUCGGAAAAUAUCAUUAUGGGACAGUUACCCAAAAUGGGUACAGGCUGUUUUGAUCUCUUACUUGACGCCGAAAAAUGCAAGUACGGCAUUGAAAUACAAAGCACUAUGGGACCGGACUUAAUGAGUGGAACGGGAAUGUUCUUUGGCGCUGGUUCGACACCAUCGACACUGAGUCCUUCGAGAACACCAUGGUUAAUGUCUGGAACGCCACAGCACGUUGCAUGGUCACCCAACAAUCCAGCAAGUGGAAUGACUCCUGGAGGUCCAAGCUUUUCACCUUCUGCACAGUCGGAUGCGUCUGGAUAUUCACCAGCAUGGUCGCCUGGUCAUCCAAGUUCUCCCGGUUCACCCGGACCACCAAUGUCUCCGUACUCGCCGAAUAUGUCACCAAAUUAUUCUCCGAAUAACUAUGGUGGAGACCUGGCCUCCAAUUAUUCGCCAACCAGUCCAACAUAUUCACCAACUAGUCCAUCGUAUCCGAGUCCAGUGCAGUCUUACUCGCCGACAAGUCCACAAAAUUAUUCACCAGCAAGUCCUGUUUAUUCACCGGCGUCACCGAGUUAUUCGAAGUCAAGUCCAUCGCGAAGUCCACAAUAUCCGGGCAACAUUGGCGGAGCAUCAUAUUCUCCACGCUAUACACCAACAUCGCCCAGCUAUUCACCCACUUCACCAUCGUAUUCGCCGACUAGUCCAUCGUAUUCACCAACAAGUCCAUCAUACUCGCCGACGUCCCCUUCAUACUCUCCAUCAUCGCCGAAUUACACACCUGCAACACCAUCUUACAUCAGUCCGAGUAGCCCGAAAUACUUCAGUUCACCGACCUAUUCACCAACAUCGCCAAGCUACUCACCAUCGUCGCCGAAAUAUUCACCGACCUCACCGUCGUAUUCGCCGACCAGUCCAUCGACAUUUACCAGCAGUCCGCACUAUACAGCUUCACCGAAUUAUUCGCCAACAAGCCCGAACUAUUCACUCAGUUCACCGGCGUAUUCACCAAGCUCUCCAAACUCUGGCAGCAACAUUUACAGUCCGUCAGCUAUAUCACAAGUGCCGUCGAGCUACUCGCCACAGAGUCCAACAACAUAUUCGCCAGAAGGCAGUUCAUAUUCACCGAGAGCGUCACCAGCAUAUUCGCCAACAAUUAAGAGCCUUUCACCAGAAAAUCAAACUUAUAGUCCAACCAGUCCGACAUAUUCACCAAGCAGUCCACCAUACAGCGAACAAGAGCAGUAAAAUGUAUUUUUGACAUAUUUUUCUUAUUAAGUUUGACCAUAUGGAUUGCAUUUAAUGGAUUACAAUGUGACUAUAAUGUUCAAUUACAAUAUUAUUUAAUGAAAUGAAUUAUAUUGAUGAAAGAUUUUGGAAUAAUUUCA